GAUUUAAUAAGUAAUAGUUGUAGUUGAUUUGAAAAUAUAUCAGUGACCAGUUAUUUUUAUGCAGCUGAACGCCCUGUAAACAGACUUCAUAUCGAUUGGUCAUUGAAAUGCUCAGCAGAAGUGGACGCUGGAGUCCAGACAAAGGACCGAACCUGACCCGCCACCGCACAAAGACCUGGUCUGGUGUAACCAGUUUUCACUCACACAAGUCCACCUGCGACCACACAGUCGCCUCUCUGUAAUUAUGGGCUGUCGGAGGCAAAAGUGUAAACAGUCCUUAAUUCCUCCGUGUCUGUCCUCUUUCCAACUGGAGCUUUAUUUUUUCCCUCUACUCUCAUUUCUGUGCCUAAAAUCAGGUUAGCGUUUUAUAAGGAGCUUAGCGCAGAGGGCCUCAGUGUGCCACUAAUGUAAUAGUCUCACAUCUCUCUCUCUCUCUCUCUCUAUUCCACUCCCCCUUUCUCACUCCCGCGCCACUCUCCUCUUCUCGUCUCGGUCAUUCGCUCACCCCCUCAUGGCGUGACCUUCUCUGGUUCUCCUCGCUGCCUCAUCUUCUCUCACCCUUGUCUGCAGAUGUGGGCUCCACAGCGUCUGGAGCUUUAGGGAAGGAGACCAGAGGAAAAGGAGGCCACAAAGAAAGACGGCAAAGACAAGUCCAGAAUGGCCUCUCUGAAAACCCGACUCCUCUGGAGGAGCGAGAGAGCGAAUGAGGAAUCCAAUCGCAAACUCAGCCAGUCGGCCAGUGACAUCACCGCCAGAAAAGAGUUGGACCUGGAGGAAGACUUGUGCUCCCAGGGCAUCAUGGGAUCCAGGGCGCUGUCUCACGACAGCAUCUUUCUGGCUGAUGAGGACUCAUCCGAUGAAGAUCCGGUUUUGUCCCAGGAGAAUGUCCACAGCAAAAUAAAGGCACUGCAGAUGAAGCUUCAGCAGCAGAAGCUGCAUUUCGGCCCACCUCCACUGGUGGUGCCGGUGAGACGCCCUGAAGACUCCAGAAGCAGAUCAGAAGAGACAAGACUCUCUCACAGUCCACCCAGAGCAUCAGCGAUGGACAUUCAGGCGUCACCCGCCAAGAGCUGGUCUCCAGUCCGUCCUCUCUCACCCAUCUACAAACCAGCGUCCAUCAGAAGCCUGCCUCCCUCGCCAUCCAAGCCUCUUCCCGCCGUGUCCCGCUCGACCUCCGCUGCAGAUGCUGGCCUGGACCUGAGCUCUCCACCGCAGACCUCUCAAUGUCUGGACACCUCUGCAGCUCGACACCGGAUAUCAGUGAAGCCCAGGAACCAGAGAGCCAGCACCCAGAGGAGACGGCCAACUCCUGACUCUCAGUCCUCUUUAGAAUCAGUGAACAAUGUGAGCAUCCUGCCGAAGUUGCGUACGGAUGAAGCUGCACCAGUGGAGGACCACCCUGUUGCUGCGUAUAUCAAACCAGCUGAGGCAGAGUUUCCUGUGCAGCCAAAGGUUCCUGACAUAUCUAGUAGCAGCGUGUUUCAGAAGGACCAUGGUGUUUCAGGGAGAACGUUUUCAUCCAUCUCUGCGCUCAGAGUGAAGCCUCAUGGGGACGGAACCGUCGCAGGACGACCACAUUCCUCUUUCAUAUCGUCGGAGAUGAUUCGGGAUUUGGAAAAACUACACGAUGACAGGCGGAAAACCCAAUACAAGCCUGAGGCGUCUGAUACAAAGUUCACCUCCCUCGAGCAGCUCUCCUCUGGUACCAGUCCAGGAUCGGGUCAUGACAGCCUGCUGAUCCAGGGGGCAGCAGAGAGCAGAGGACUACAGCGAAACUUUGCAGGUUCCUUUCACUUCUCCACCACCAGAAGUGCAGAAAGACCCAGGUCUGGCAGUUUUGUCGGAGUGUUUGCACCCACCGGAGCGAGGCAGAAGACGGAUGAGACAGAGCAACAAAUGAGGGACAAUGAUAAUCGGAAAGACUUCAACGCCAGAGUGGGUCGAAUCAGAGCCGAGGAAACUCAGCGCCGAGCCGUUGACAUGCUCUGGGAGAGAACAGAUAGCCUGAAGAACGUGGAACCAGGGACAGGUACUAAAAAGCCGACCACGGAUGCCGUCGGUUCACAGGUUCAGGAGCACAAGAGGAACCAGGAAAAGAUGGAGAGGACGUCAGAGGAGCACCAGGAUGGGGAAGGAAGGAAUGUGUUUGGGUUCAAGCUGCGUUCAACAAAUCAGUCGGUAAGACUCUGGUCCAACCUGUCCUCCCACCAAACAUCUGAGGAGGAAAGUCGAGAGGCGACAAAACAAGGCGAGAAAGAGCCAACUGAGUUGAAGCGAGCGCCCAGCUUCAGCGACAUCACAGAUGCGCCCCUCUAUGGCAUCGUCUCAGCAGCCAAGCAUCCGCCUGCAGCAGCUGCCCCGCCUCCUUUGAUGCCCUCAGCAGCCAAAGAAGCUAGCGUGGUAGCGUACCAGGACCAGCCCCCUCAGCCCGCCGCUCCUGAGGCUUCCUGGAUGAGUCUUGCCAUGGAGAAGACCAGGAGUCUCCAGCAGCUGUUCACCAGCAGAUUCCCCCGAGACAAUGUCUCAAACCAGCCUUCGCCAGAGACUAUUCUGAGUGUAGGUCAACCCCAGAAGAUGUCACACAUGGGUCCAUCAAAAACCUCCAAAGAUCCCCCCUUCCAAACAAGGACAUCACAGUCACCCCCUGAGGACCUGUGUUGGACAUCCGCGGCUCAUUCUGUCCCCCAACCGUCCCACUUUUCUCAGGGGAGUUACUCCUGGUCUCCUCCCAAGUCCUUUCCUUCAGUACAGCAGCAAACCGCAUGGACCAGUGGACCAAACUCAGGCAGUCCCUUUAAAUCCACGACUUUGCUUGUAGCUAAAGUGUCCAGCUCCACACCAGCCACCUCUGCGGUGUCAUGGGACCUCCCGCCCCCAGUGUACGACAGAGAAGCUACGUCAUUCCAGGGGAGAGCGCUGGGCAGGACUGGUUCCGUGAGCGAGAGGGCGGCCUUCUUGGAGAGGACGGUGGAGAGGACGGUGGAGAGGACGUCGUCCGUGUACACGAAAGGGGUUGAACCCAAAAGAGCGCCACCGUCCGAUGAACCGCUGGUGUCAUUCAAAAGAAUCCAAAUCAUCGAGUCAAAGCCAGAGGAGAGGCUGCACGCAGAGUCAAGCCCCAGCAGAGUCCCGGGCAGGCCUCGUGAGGAGAAGUGGCUGCGUAAGAGCUCAGCGUCGGCCUCCCUGCCCUCAGCCCCAGAGAGCGGCCAGCCCUCCUGGAUGGAGCUGGCCAAGAGGAAGUCAAUGGCCUGGAGCGACAAGAGCAUGGACUGACAGUUCAAACACAAUUCACCAGGUUACUGGACGUGGGGUCAUGAGUGUGCGGUCAUUUCAAUUGAAAAAAAAACACUUCAAAAUAUAUAUUUUAUGAAUGUAUAAUGCAAUUUAGAAUUUUCCAUUCGUUUGGAUUUGAAAUAAAAAUGCC